AACUCAAUAAAAAUUAUGAUUUAUUCUAAUUCUCGACUUAUCGUACUUCUGCAAAUUCUGAAACGCGACAUAUAAACAACCAUACACACAUCGUUACAGAGAGAUUGAAAAAUCAACCGAUGAAGAGGAGCUUAGCAAAAUUGUUUGGGCGAGGAGGCUUUGUUGGCAAAAUCUUGGAACCCCAAGCCAACACAUAUAGAUACAAUAAUCAUAUAUAUACUCGUUUUCUAUAUGUUUCUUCAAGAAAUCCUAAUGGGCUGGCUUCUAAUUUGAGUUUAAACAACUCUUUGUCUCGUUUACAGCAAUCCCCAUGGACCCUUUUUGCAGGGCAGAGAAGAAACAUGUUUAUCCAAACACAAUCAACUCCAAAUCCUUUAUCACUCAUGUUUUAUCCUGGAAAGCCGGUAAUGGAAGUUGGGAGCUCUGACUUUCCGAAUGCUCGUUCAGCAAUGAAUGCACCACUUGCAAAGGCCUUGUAUGGAAUUGAUGGAGUUACUCGAGUCUUCUUUGGGGCAGAUUUUGUAACUGUAACAAAAUCAGAAGCGGCUUCAUGGGAUUUUCUUAAACCAGAAAUCUUUGCUGCCAUCAUGGAUUUUUAUUCUUCCGGUGAACCUUUAUUUCUUGACUCAGCUGCUGCCGCCGCCAAAGACACGGCUAUUCAUGAUGACGAUACAGAGACCGUUGCAAUGAUCAAAGAACUAUUAGAAACUAGAAUUCGACCAUCUGUGCAAGAUGAUGGUGGAGACAUCGAGUAUAUAGGUUUUGAUCCAGAUUCUGGAAUAGUUAAACUAAGAAUGCAAGGAGCAUGUAGUGGUUGUCCCAGCUCAUCUGUUACACUAAAGUCUGGCAUUGAAAACAUGCUGAUGCAUUAUGUACCUGAGGUUAAAGCAGUGGAGCAAGAAUUCGAUGAUGAGGAUGAAGAUGCAGAAGCAACUGUGAAGACAGAAUAAGUUAUAUAUAUUUUGUAAUGCGGAAUACCAGAAAUAAAAGUGACCUAAUGUACGGAAAAGAGAAGAAUUGAUAUCAAAGUGAGAGUGGUUUCAGUAUCCUAAAUCUGGAGACCAGAGGGUAUUGCGAAGUGGACUGGAAAUCGAUUGGCUUGCUCAACUGCAUUUCCUUCAUCCCUUUAACAACUUCAGACUUUUGACUUGUAAAUCAUUUUGUACUUGAGUUAUGUGUUUUCUAGUUUUUCGUAGACACGCAGUCAUUGAUAUUGUUACUCCAAUUUUGUGCGUUGUACCAUGGUUGAUGGAUUAGAAAACAGGUUACAUCAUAGAAUGUGACUAAUAAAAGAUGCUAAAAAUUUUAUGAUUAGGUAUUUAGAUAAAUUGGAAAUUUGUUACUUUUAAA